CUCCAGCCGCUCUGCUGUAAACACUUUAGCUCCAGAGGACAACAGGAUGCACGCACUUGCAUGCUGAUCAUCAUCAUCAUCAUCAUCAUCAUCAUCAUCAUCAUCAUCCUCUUCACACUAAUGCAUUAGGACGAACGUGAAUUUCAACACAAUCCAAACAAUAGGAGUGAAUGAGCGAGUGGAGGAGGAGAGGAGAGCUGGAUUGGGGAGCGGUGUAGCUGAGAGGCCACAGAGGGGGGUUCCAGCAUUACUGAGAGGGCUGGACAGAGCAAAGGAGCAGAAAACAAGGAAGAAAAGAAGCAAGAGGGGGAGAGAGAGGGAGAGAUGGCGAGUGGAGAGAUCUCCACUCUUCCCUCGGCCACGGGCGACAGCUUUCCCCCGGGCCACUUCAAAGAGCCCAAGCGGCUGUACUGCAAAAACGGAGGCUACUUCUUGCGCAUCAACCCAGACGGACGAGUUGAUGGCAUCCGUGAGAAAAACGACCCUAACAUUCGGCUGCAGCUCCAGGCAACCGCAGUGGGAGAAGUCGUAAUCAAGGGUAUCUCGGCUAAUCGCUACCUUGCAAUGAGUGCAGAGGGGAGGCUGUUUGGAACGAGACGAGCAACUGACGAAUGUUAUUUCUUCGAGCGACUGGAGGCAAAUAACUACAACACGUACAGAUCACGGAAAUACCCCAACUGGUACGUUGCGCUAAAGAGGACGGGACAAUACAAGAGUGGAGCGAACACAGGACCUGGACAAAAAGCGAUCCUCUUCCUCCCUAUGUCAGCCAAGAGCUAAACUUCCUCAGUGUGAGUCGUUAUUAGUUUAUGUGAAAACAAAUGUCAGGUCAGAAAAUGGACAAUGAAUCAUUUUGGGACAUUAAUGAAGGGUUUCUUUUCUUUUAUUGAAUCAUUUACAGACAUAAAAGUAUCACAGUGCUUCACUUGCUUUUGACUAAUGAAUCAUUUCAGUCCAUUAAUAAUUGAUUUCAAUUGUGUGUGAAUUUUGUUUGUUUGUUUGUUUGUUUUUUGAGCUCAUCAUUUUGUCUGAGAUGUGAAUGGAAAUGUGGACAAACUAAAGAGGUUCCUAAAAAAAACUGGUUACAGCUAAUGUCAAUUAAUUACUAAGUAUAUAAUAUAUCAUCUGUAUAAUUUUUCAUCAACAACCUUAUUUACUAGGUCCUAUUCAUUUUCUGAAGAAAAACCUAAAACAAAUGUUGUUUAAAAUGCUUUUGUAAACGUUUUGUUAUUCUCAAAUUCUUAAAUUUAACCUAGAAAAAAGGACAAUAGAUUUUUUCAACUUCUUUUGAAAGUUAUGGAUAAUUGAACAUUUUAGGCCAGUAAAAACAAUAGACAAUAUAAUUUUAUUGAGACUAAGCCCCGAUGCUGAAUCUUCUAAUUUAACAGUUUGAAAUUGUAUAAGUUUUAAAACUGCAGAAAAGUAAUAUUUUUAAUUAUAAUCAGGUUAUAAAAUUCAACCUUAAAGCUGAAUUGAACAUUUGAAUCCAAUCAGUGUAACUACAUUUUGUAAACAAGGAGGUACUGUACUCUCAGCCUGGAGCUCUGUGAAUUUCUGUUUUUCAAUGAAAUAGAAGCAUGAAUGAAAUUCAGAGCUGCCAGACUAAGCAGAAAGGUGUUGUGUGGAAAUUUCAUUCAAAUUUUACAUUUGUAAAAUGCAAAAAUUUUACAUUUGUAAAAUUUUCUAGCUACUGUACUUUGAACCUACUAGUGGGUCGGAAAACGUUUUUAGAUCUACAUUAAAAUUUAUAUUAAAACAAUUCUGAAAGUGGAACUCAGUUAAAUAUUUAUUCUAGCAAUACUUUAUAAACAUCAACAUUAACAUCAGACUUAAAUUACAAGCUUAAGUUAACAAAGAAAAAUGGCCAAAAUUUGUUUAACAUGAAUCUGUUACAUAACAAUCGAAUAAAUAACUUGAAACAUUCACAAAUUUGUGAAACAAUUAUUUUAUUUGGCAAAAGUGUUUUGUUAAAAUAAAUUUUAUAAAAGUUAUUUUUAUUUUUAAAGCCUCUUGAUGUUUAUAACUGCAGCUCCUGUACAUUUUGAACGAAUGUCCUGACUAAAUGUGAGUUUAAAAGAUGCUGCUUAUAUAUAUAUAUAUAUUUUAGCUUCAGUGUGUAUAGAUCACAUUGCGCUGUAAAUGAGAUUUUAUGAGAGAAAAAAAAACACUAAAUAUUGUCUAUGUAUGUAGUUCAACUCUAACACUAUUGCGAUAUAUUGACUUUCUCGGAUAUGACUGUACAUACAAAUAUUUACAUUAAAUACUGUAUUUAAGUCCAGGUUUUUCAGGCAAUCGCUGACUUUUGUUUGGAAGUGAAUUUCAAAUGGCAUUUUUUCCAGACAUUUUUAUUUUAAAUUUGAAAGUGUUUUAAUAUCUUUAAUUUCCAAAUUUCAUAAAAUGACAGAAUAUUAAAACAGAAAAAAGUCUGUAACUUUGUACUGUAGUUAUGUCAACAUUUUAAUAAAACAUAGCAUUAUAAUUCUGCAAACUACAAAUGUAACAGUAUUUAUAACACAAUACAAUUAGCAUAUUUAUUAGCUAGUUCAAAUAGGUUUAAGGGACAAAAGAGCACAUACUGUAUUAAUGUAUUAAUCUUAUUUACAAUCACAACAAAAUGUUGACAAAAUGCAAACAAUUGUAAGUCUAUUGUUCAAUUAAAUAAACAAAUUUGUUUACAAAAAGUAAACGAAUGUUUCCCUUAUUACAAACUGCAUAGAUGUAAACUAUUCCAUAAAUAAGCAAUUACACAAACACAUUUUAAAUGGUUUAUUAAUAAGCUUUCAUUUCUGUAUGUAGUGUGUCUGCCUUACUAAUCUCUUUGUAAAUUCAUGUGAUUUGAUGUGAAGUUU